GUACGGCAUCUAUGGUUGGCCUGCCCGAGCGGCGGUUUCAUGGCGGCCGUGGAGGUGGCGGUGGCGGCUGCUUCCCAGGCCUGAGGGCUGGUGAUUCCUAAAGGUUGUUGUGGAGCAGCUGCUUCCUAGCCAGCAUUUUGGAGGAUGUAGGGAUACUUAAGUAGAUCAUCAGAAGAGCUACAAACUGCCUCUGCAGGAUGGAUGAGAAUAGUGUGGAAGCUUCCAUCCAGACCUACCAUGUCCAACUGCAGCAAGUGGAGCUGGCCCUGGGGACCGGCUUGGACCCUACAGAAAAAGCUGACUUGCUUCAGCUCCAAGCUGACUUAAAGCAGCUAAUCGAGCUAACGGAGUCCAGUCUUGUGUCCAUCAAGAAGAGCAAGCUCCUGGCCACACUGGACCCAAGCCUUGGCCUAAUUGAGAGUGCAGUAAGGGAUGAAGCUGAGUAUUUGGCUUUCCAGAAUGCCAUCCGUGAAGUGACAGGAGAUUCUGAGACUCAAGGUGCUGAAAGUGCAACUUCUCUUGAAAGAGGAGAAACUGAGCCUGACAGAUCUGGGCAUGAAGAGGAAGAAGAGGAAGAGUUGAGUGGGAUGAAGGUGAAUGCUCCAUACUACAGUUCAUGGGGCACUCUGGAAUACCAUAAUGCUAUGAUUGUGGGGACAGAGCAUGCAGAAGAUGGCACAGCAGGGGUUCGUGUGCUCUAUCUCUACCCAACUCACAAGUCCCUAAAGCCCUGUCCCUUCUUCCUGGAGGGAAAAUGCCGAUUCAAAGAGAACUGCAGGUUCUCCCAUGGGCAAGUAGUUGCUGUGGAUGAACUUCGCCCCUUCCAGGAGCCAGACCUGAGUGCCCUGCACACAGGCUCAGCCUGUCUGGCUAAGUAUGAUGAUGGAAUUUGGUAUCCAGCCCGGAUCACAGAUGUGGACAGUGGCUACUACACGGUCAAGUUUGACUCACUGCUUCUCAAAGAGACUGUGGUGGAGGGGGAUGGUAUUCUGCCUCCCCUACGCAGUGAAGACAGUACACCUCAGGAGUCUGAUGGAGAUGAUGUGGAUGACUCCAGCUAUGCCAAAGUUGUGGAGUCAGAUGCCUUGGAAAAAGGGGCUUGGGGCCCUGCUUGCAGCUCCUCAUUUGCUGGCUGGGAGGCACACACCCGAGGCAUAGGUUCCAAACUUCUUGCUCAGAUGGGCUAUGAGUUUGGCAAAGGUCUUGGAAAGAAUGCUGAGGGCCGGGUAGAGCCCAUCCAUGCUGUGGUGCUUCCAAAGGGGAAGUCCCUAGAUCAGUGUGCUGAAAUUCUCCAGAAGAGAACAAGCAGUAAGCCAGACCUUGGCAAGCCAAGGAAAAGCCAAGCAAAGGGGAAUGGAGUUAAGGGACGCCCACCCCAACGCAAUGUGUUUGAUUUCCUUAAUGAGAAACUCCAAGGCAAGGUUCCAAGGGUCCAAGAGGAAGGGAAGGUCCCAUCCCUUAAGAGGAGUAGCAAGGAGCUCUACCAUGCCAGCAAGAGUACCAAGCGAUCCCUCAGUGUACAGCUCUUCCAAAUCCUGGAGAAGGUGGAGCAAACUCAGAGGGACAUCCGAAGUAUACAGGAAGCCCUGGCCCGGAACAUUGGCCGGCAUAGUGUGGCCACAGCCCAGCUCGAGGAGAAGUUGGCCGGAGCCCAGAAAGAGCUGAAGAACCUCCGGGCCCAGGAGGCAGGUUUGCAGCGGGAACAGAAGACUGCUGACACACACAAGAAAAUGACAGAGUUUUAGUGCUGAAGCAGGAGUUCUCUCCUGGCUCCUGAGUCUAUCCUCCCCCUUUCUCUUCACCCUCCCACCCCCCACUUACCCAUCCCUACCCCCACAGUGGGUGUGGCUCAGGCCUGAAAGCCCAAGUUCCCUCCAUUCUCCUCCUUUGCUCCUAUGCCCUGGGUACUUGAGGGGGCAGGCCUCACUAGGGAUACCUGUGCCGUCCUUAGUGAGCUCUGCUUCAGCCCCACUGACUGGAGACCCCUUCUUUUGGGCCACAGGUGUGGAUAUUAAGGGAUGGGGGUUUAGGACUAGCUGGAGGCUCCCAGGGAAUGGGCUGGCUAGAGUUACAGUUUCUGCCUCCUAAGCUAGCAGACUUGGGGACCUGAAUUGUACCUGCUUUAGACAGACCCAGGAAAUGAUAACAAAUCACCUUUUUCCACACUCCCCCAGAGCCAGACUCCCUCCCAGCCUCACCCAUCAGCCAGUUUGUGGCCUCCACUCUACAGAAGAGUGAAGCCUGAGGCGUGUUAGGAAGGUCAGGUGUCACUCCCUCUCCCUCCCAAAAUACCCCUGAGAGCAGAUGGAACAGGAGAGAAGGUCCAGAGGAGCAGGGCCUGAAGACCAAGGUCUCCUUUACUUUCCGGAUGACCCCAGGCCUUUCCAGACACAAACCAAGCUGUGUCAGUGGCAUUGUGACUCUGGCAGCCUCUUCUUGGGAGGGGGGAACAUUUUUCUUGACACUUGUUUUCCAGUUUGUUCUGCCACAAGGACUUAGGAAGGAGUUUUUCUUAAACAAAAUGAUUAAAGUGACGUCAUUGCUGUGUCA